CGGAAUAAUACCGUCGCUACAUUCCGUCGCGGAAAACCAGAUCUUAAAUCGGUCUCCUUCCCUUUCACCAGACAGAAAGAUCGAAGAGCAGAGGAGAAGUCGUCCAAGUCGCCGUCCCCCAAGUCGCCUUUCGCCGCUGCUCGUAGCCCUCUUCUCCGCUGGUUGCCGUCCCCUUCCCUUCCGUUCGCCGUCUCUCCAUCUUCAAAUCUCAGAUUGGGUUGACAAAGUUAGACAAUUCAUUGAGUUUUGUGAGUCAAAUCCAAAAGUAGACAGAUUCAACGGGCAGAUGCGUUGUCCUUGUAAGAUUUGUAAGAAUAAAUAUUUUAAAGAUAUCGAGGACAUUAAGCUUCAUGUACUGAGACAAGGUUUCACUCCUAAAUAUCUUGAUUGGGUUUGCCACGUGGCUGGGUUGAAACCACAUCUGAUACACAAAAGCUCAAGAGUACUGACGAUUUUGCGUACCAAGAAGACGCAAGAGUGGCAGUCGAAAUUGUUGAAGUUGAACCGCAUGAGGAAGCUCCACUACUUGCAGAAGUUCCACAGUUAAUUGAUCUCGAUGAUAGUGAGGACGAAGAAAGUGAUGAUGUUGAGNAUUAAUUACUACUGAUGAGAGCUCUAGCGAAAAUGUGUUCAUGUCCGAUGAUGAAUUAUCAUAAAAUAGACUUUAAUACAAAAGAUGGCUGGUGGAGAUAAGGGUAAGGGUCACGCAGAGCAAACAAAGUCCAAUACUGGGAAGUGGAAAGAACUUUCUAGGUUGCGACAUGCCAUCCUUGGUGGUGGUAGAUCAAGCGGCACAUCGGCGAGCGCAUAGAGUUAUGUACAUUUUUAACACGUAUACAAAAAUUGUAAUAAAAAAAUAACGUUAAAAUGGCCAACCUAAGGGAAACAAUUAAAAUGGUAAGUAAUUU